AGAAUCGCUGCCAUUUUCCUUGUUCGUGUGAAACGUUUCGAAAAGUUUCGAUUAAAAAAGACAUUUUUCUGGCGUAUCUUUUGGCCUUUUCCCGCUUCGUGGAAAGCAACGUCAUGCGUCUAGCAUGACUUCUGGCAGUUUAUCUUCAAAUGCCGUGGAUUUAAGGGAAUGUAGCUCCAAUUUGUUCACAUUGGCUGAUAUUAAUGCUCUAAAGUGGUGUAAAUAUACUGGGAAUUUGCAUUCGCUGGACAGACCCUUGGAGGACCCUGUCCUAACGUCCUUCGCCAAUGCCCUCAAGAACAACGUGCUGUGUUCCUGGAGACACUCCCCUCCCUACACCACACCGAGGUUGAACCAAGGUCUGACCUGUUCGGAGAGCGCAAAGGAACUCUGGUUGUUUUGGUAUGGAGAUGAUCCAAGAACGAUCGAUAUUGUCGAUACCAGCUUAAAAGAAUCUGAUCAUGGCUCAUGGGAAAGUAACUUCCCCAAUGAAGCAAAAGUUCUCCUGUUCAAAGCUCUUCACAACACGUUAGAAAGGCACUUGUUGUCCAGACAUUAUGUCCGUGUUGGAAAAUGGUUUGUAAAUUUAGACAACAUAAUCCCAAGCACAGCUGAAAAAAACAAGUUGUUCUUUUCUUUCGCGUUUUGUCUCCAAGGGGAGAGCAAAAUAUGUUUGACUGUUGAUGUGAAACAAUUGCCCGGUGUUCGACACAUCCUACCCGACGAUUUAGCCAACGCGAGAGCUUUGCAAGGGGAUUUUAAAGUUAUUCUGGGACCGUAUGGCGUCAAGGGAAAUUUGACAGGCCAAGGUUAUCAACAUAAUAGCGUCGGCGUGAACAAACUUCUAGAAGACUGGAAACGAUUCUUUCCACUGGACGUAGUUGAUGACUGGACAAACGUGCCUGAGGGGAUAGAACACGAUAUACCCGUGGUAGUUGGGGUUAAAGUAGGAGGAAAUGUCAUCAAAUGCCCCUCACAUUACGUCUUGGUUUCCUUAGACAGCGACAGUGCUGAAGAAUCGUCAAACCAAACACCACCUGUCUUUAUGACCCCUCCCGCCUCUCCAUUUGCGCUGAUAACCGCUGAGAAGAAUAACGAGCGGCUCGCCUCAACGGCACCGGCCGAACCCGAGGCGAAGUCGGAGGGUGUGACGAAAGUCACGGACAGUAAAGCUGUGGCCUGCGAACUAGUUAAUGAGGCGUGGAAAGACAUUACCGCUACCAAGUCAACAAGUAAAACAUCGGGAGUGACUGCAGCUCAAAAUAAAGCUUUUGGUACAAACUUCAAAGCCGAUCAAGAGUCGUUCUGGAACCUCAAGGAACCUCUGAGCCGUAAAUCGUGUUCAUGCACAUCAAGCAGCAAUGUAAGUCGGUCGCGGACCACACCUCCUAACAGACCGUUUGGUAUCAACCGACCCAACCCUACCGGGUCACAAAACACCCACAUUACCCUCGCAAACAAACAGAAAAAAGAGCGGGAACGCAAACCUGUACUACCCUUCCAUCAGAGAGAGGGGAAAGUACGAAAUGUCACCCCGGCCUCCAAAGGACAUUCCACGUAUAACUUAGCGACCUACGUUGAGGACCAGAAUCGUCAGCCAAACAGUCAAAACGAGGCUAACCCUAAAUCCACAGACAGCGCAGACGGAAUAAAAUCCAAACCAGCGCUGCCCUUUACAAACGAAAAUCUUAUUGACAAUAUAAACAAUAAUGUUGGUGAAACGUUUCUGAAACUGACUCCCCCGGUUUCGACGCGACUUUCCGAAGUUGUACGAACGGGUGACGAUCGUAAGAAGCCUUCACGAACGAAGGACGAUGUUUACUCGAAGUCUCGAAUAUCGACUGCCGACGUAUGGAAAUGCUAUGAGGUUUUUACCGGAGAUCCGAAGUUCAAGCCCAGGCUUCCUGAUGAUGUGCUCGAUUUCAGGGAGGGCGAGAGGCGACCGCUGACUACCGGGAACGUUGUGUCGAUGCCUGAAAAUACGCGGGAGGUUUUCAAGAUUGAGACCAUUGAAAAUAAAAAUUAUCAGAACAAAAGACAGUCAAAUGACGAUCCUGCACCUGAAGUUGAAGUUCCUACCAAACGCAUGCGCCGAAGCUCCUCUGCGACUCAGCCUAGCCGGGUCAAGCCGGAAACGCCCGCUCCCGUAAAGCCUCGAGGGCAUCGGAGCUCGAGUACCAACAAGUCCCAGAUUCCUGCUCCGUCAUCCGAACCAACCAGCCUUGCGCUUGAGACACCCGAUUCCGUCUUUCUACCAGCAUCGCGUGGUCGAGCCAACAGCACAAGCAGCACCGGGUCUGCGGCUUCGCCAGCACCUAACUCUACUUCAUCUAAGACGAGUCGCAGUGCGAAGCAACGUCGACAAAGCAGGAAAUCUCAGGAUAAGAAAUCGAAGGAACCUGUACCGAAGCAGGAACCUGUAAAACCGGAAGCAGAACAGGUUUUACCAUUUAUUGCCUCUCCCCCCACCCCCAGAGUAUCGUUACGGACGGAAAAAGAUCUACAAGUGACGUUUUCUGAUCUGGACAACAUGUUUGAUUCCCCGGAUGAGGAGGAAGAAGACAAGCAGCGCCAACUGCUGUCCGUAUUCACCGACAACCACUCGCCUCCAGUCCACCACGGCCACGAGGAUUUGAGCCAUAAGACAAAAGUGCCGGUGCCGGUGAAUACCGGCCCUGGAAACGUUUCCCAUAACGAUCUUGCUCGGAUGUUCCCCACUCCUCCCAUGUUAGAAAAUCAUCCUCCGCAUUCUCCACAACCUAUGACCACCAUGGCGCCGACUCCCCCUGAAUAUAGCGAAUUCAAGACAAAGACGAUGAGUGAGGAAAUUCAUGAUGUGCUUAAUCAACUGAAGGAAACGGCGCCUAUAUUCGAAAUCCCAACGGAGCAGGCAUAUUUAUGUAUCUCCACCGCAAUACCGCCUGUGAAAUCUUUGCCAAGUUCACGUUUACCGCCGCUCAAACUGACCGAGGACAUGGUGUACACGCCAUCACCACAGGUCAAAUCAUCCAGUUCUAAAGCUGAUUCGUCAAGCUUUGCCGCCACGCCUUCUACGAAAGCUCGUACCAGUCUAUCGGAUAUCACCGCUCCGAUUCUUGGCUCUGGAACAAUCACAACUACAUUCAAUUCCCAAUCGUCGAAGAUGGACACAAUGUCCCCACACGAUCCUCAAACGUCCCAAACAAGACCCAUAUACGACACGUUUGAUGCCGGGGAGCAUGACUCCAACGCCAUGCUUCACGCGAACCUAUUUUUAUCCGAUUCUUAUGUGAACUAUAACUCUGAUACAAAUUUAGACGGCACGAAUGCUUGCCUUUGUAUAACGGGGGAGCGAAAACGUCCUACGCUGAGCAAGGAACCCAUCGGGUUUCUUAGGAACAAUGAUGUAUGUCAGUGCGGGUUGGGGAUAUUUGAACGCGAGAAACUGCGCCAACAUACGGGUCUGUUUUCCAGCGAGUUACUUUAUGUAAGCAGCUGUAUGGAGAACAUGGGCGUAACUUUGGACACUAGGUAUUGUGACACGACCAAGAGGAAGCGAGCUGCUUUGCAUCUUAAAAAGGAGUCUGUCAUAAAGGAUUUGAAGCCCGUACAGUCCACGGAAUUAUUGGGAACGAGUAAUUCAACUGUUCUUGUUGAUAACCUGCUUGACCAGUUCUCAUCGCCGUUGCCCGCCUCUGCUACCUCGGGGAAACUGGGCAUGACCGGUUUGGACGGUGAUAAUACAGGGAGCCCACUUCAGAUGAAAUCAGCCUCUGAAGUUGAGAAACUCUCCAAGACCACCGUUGACUUUUUAAUGGAUCUGAAGCCUGUGAUACAGGAGUCUCUUCAUAAGGCAAUUCACUGGAAAACGUGGGAUCAGCUCUCUACGGUACAAGGUCCACUCUCGUUGAAGCAACUUUGCCAGGUGAACAGCAAGGGUUCAUCCAACGCGGGCGAUCCCGCGAGGAUCCCGCGUGUGAUUGUCGGCCAUGAUGGUGAUUGGCUGUCCGUGUCGCCGUUGGCAUUACACCACUGGGAGAAGCUGUUCUUAGAACCGUACACGUCAUCACGUGACGUCACGUAUGUCGUUCUCGCGCCUGAAAACGAGACAACGAACGCGAACGUCAAGCAUUUCUUCAGGGAACUAAGUUCCACGUAUGAGACGUGUCAACUGGGCCGCCAUAUUCCCGUGAGCAAAAUCUCGUCCAUGUCUGGCGAUGGUAUUCUCAGGAUUGGGCCAAAACAACAGACGAAAUAUGGCAAGAAUGUUGUCAGUCCUUGGUUUGGAAAGUAUGAGAGUAUAUCCGAUGGAGCUCGUGUUAAAUUGUUUGCCCAAGUAUGCAAGUAUGAACUAGGUCCCUUCCUCGAGAAAUUGCCUCUGGAUAAGCGGACGUCACUUGGCGAUGACAGCUCGAAGAAAACUGACUCUGGUGACAACAACCUGCUACGUCAAGACAAUUCCUCGAUUGUAAUCUACAUCAUCAACCCGUUCGACGAGUCCAACGACAAGGUUUUAAGGAGAGAGUCCUACUAUGCCUUGCUUCGAAGUUUCUCCGAAAUGGCAGCAGGAAUACCAGAAAAACUCCGCAGUCGUCUUGUGUUAGAGAUCGUACCAUUACAUCAAGUAACCCAGGUGGAUGCUUACCAGAAGACGAAGGGCUCGCUCGUAUCGUUUGUUAAACUUCUCAAAACUACGGCGUUUUCCGUCUUUUCCCGAUGUCGAAUGACUUUGAAGAAACCGUAUAACACUCGGGUUCACACCGGAUUCUGGGCGCCUUCAAGCCAGCGGUUGGCCAUGAAGAAUCAGCCAUCGGAUAAAACCCGCACACGGGUGUAUUCUCCCGCCUAUAUUUUGGCAACCCCGACGAAGCUCAUCCUCGGCGUGGAUACGGUGGAGGCUGCGGACGAUUUGACCACGCAUAAGGAGUCCGCGAGCCUUUUGUUCUGCUGCUACGGUCUAUCACAUGAUCAGCGAUGGUUGCUGGCCACUUUCACAGACGACAGAGGCAUGGUUAUGGAAACGUUUGUGACGGUCGUUGAACCGUUUGGUUUACCGGCGAACAAGCGGCGUACAAAACUGCGGAUAAAAGCCCUAAGAAGGUUGUGGGAAUUUUGCCAAGGGAUUACGUCAUCCGUGGUAGGAGACUGGAGAUUAGUCGUCGGAAAAUUGGGCAGAUUUUCCCGCCAUGAAUUACGAGAUUGGGAUGAAGUAAUUCGCAGUCAUUCUUCAAGCGAGUGCACGGAUCGUUGCGACGCGUGUUCCUCGUCGCGUUCUCACGCAAGAUUUCAAAGCGUUUCCGUCGUUUCGUUGCACAACGAACUGUGUUUGCGAAUACACCUCGCGAAAGUAACUACGGCUUUCAACAACUAUCGUGACCCAGACACAACGAUUGUCGAAUCGGUAACUAGGCAACGUAUAUCAAGUUCAUUCAUUGUUAUCAACAUCGAAAACUCCCAGUCCACCAGACUCGCACAGCAUGACGGUAUCCAUGACGUCGACGAUCGCGGGGGUCUGGUAGACAACGAACUCAUGCUGACCGAACCACCUACGGAAGACGACGACGAGAUCCCGAUGAUGCCUUUAUUUAGUAACAUUUUUCCACCGUCAAGAAUUUCACAUUUACAUCAAGAUCUUCGGAGCUCCUCGCCACACGAGCGACCAUCUUCGGCGCCAAUGUUGACAGAUACCGUGACGUCAUCCUUCGUUCCUAUUGGUAUACAGUCACCGCAUCCCAGCCAAUCAGCGUGCAGCGAUGAACAAAGCGAGCAGGAGAAGAAUUUCGGAUUUCCGCUAGCCCACGGUCGUGUUUACACAACGGCACCGCUCGGGCCGGCGUUCAAACAGUUUUCACGCGACGAACAUUUGGAUGGAAGUUCUCCGGUUGUUCUCAAGGCGGCGUUGUUACUGCAUCGUGUCGAUGAAGCUGGUCGUCAAGGAAACCAUGUUUUGAGUUCAAAUACACACACCAAUGUUCUAAGAUAUAUCUUGGAGCAAUACGACGCUCUCUCGUGGCUAACUGUGGACUCUGUGUCUGAAGACAGAAAUUCCUGCCUUCCCGUACAUUAUAUAACCCUGUCCCAAAUGACAGAAGCUUUCAACGGCCUGCUUUCCUGAGCCCAAUGCAAUCUUCAUCACCAGAAAUAAAUUAAGCUCAUCAAUAUUAACUUAUUGUCUUCGCACCACAAGUAAUCAUCAUCUAGAGGUUUGCAAAAUACCACGAUGCUGGGAAAACUGUUUUUUAAAUCAACCGAAUCAUUUGCUUUUAAACUGGGCCAACAAGGUUUUCAACACAACAAAUUUGUUUUUAACACAAGUAGGACUUCGUCUGGGCAAAACAAACGUGGUUUUGUACAUGACAGUAUGGUUUGAAAGAGUCUGUGCUCAAACACGAUCAACUUUUAAUGAAAAUUUUGAAAUCAAAUUUGCAAGCUGCAAAACACGCAUGAAAACUUUUAUUAGGAAGUUAUUUUUUUUACAUCUGGUGUGCAAAAAUACUUUGGAGAUUCACUUGAGUCCAUGCGAACUUACAAAGACUAAAAGAGAAUUAUCUUCUUGCAAAAAACCAGACAAUUCGCAACUCUGUAUAUUAGUAAGAUCCCUUGUCUACGUUAUUGUUCUCGUUUGCGAAAACCGCUGAUAAAAAACAGCAUAUCGUGGGCACCUAUAAUAGAAUAGAAUAUAUAGUCUCUAUGAUUGCAUUUAAAUACCCCUAAAUACAAAAAACAGUUUAUCUUGGUAGAAUUAUCGAUUACCCCCUAAUUGUUGUGCUGUGCUAAUUAAAACUUGCAUGAUAGAUAACCCACAAUAUGCACGAACUUUUGUUUAACUUGUCAAGGAAGGUCUAAGUUAUACUACAUAAUUUUUCAAGUCCAGGCAGUGGGAUUUUAACAGAGUUGCGAAAUUAGAUAUAUGAAAAACCAAGAAAGAUUGGGGGUUUUUCCUAAAAGUCCGACAUCAAUUUGGAGCAUGUUAAAAAAAAUACACGAGAAAAAGAACAAAAAUAUCGUAAAAUCACACAUAAAUAAACUAUUAAACUCACUAAACGCAUAGUAAGCUAUUUUAUGAAAUGUUUAUAAUAUUUUAAUUAUUACAAUUAUUAUUAAUAUAGAUUAUUCAUUGUUAUUCAGUGUAGUACAUAGUCAUAGAAAUAGAGAGAACCUGUAUAAGUAUUUACUAAACGGUUCGUCAUGGCAGACGGAUUUUAUCUAUAAGCUGCUCAGAAUUAUAUUAUAAUGAAUUUGUCGCCUAAAUUUGGACCAAAAAUGUAUUUAUGGGCAGUGUAAAGUAUGUGGGCGCUUUUGAAGUGCCAGAAAAAUUUUUAGUAAAAUUGAAUGUAGAACGUUUUCAAAUCUAUAUUAUUAUUGUAAUGUGACGUUUCAGUAUUAUGGUAAAAUGUAUUGGCGUAUUAUGAAAUGUCGGGCACGUGUGCAGCUCGCGUUUUUUGUAGGAGCGCACGUGCCUGGCAUGUAUAUUUAUGAACGUAUUCAAAUAUAUCCGCAGAGUUACGCUUUGUAGAUAGAACAAGUACUGUAGAUAAAAUGGAAAUUAAAUUAUUCUUUUCAACAUAAA